GCUGCAAUGCCAGAGGACAACUAUGCAAUGUCAGAGACUGAGCGGCGAGUAUUGCUUGAUUCUAUUCCAGAAUUCAGUGCAUUUGAGUCCCAUAAAGAAAAUAUCACUCAAAAACGCCAAGGUCGGAAAGCCAUGGAACUGGCCCAUCUAUUCGCCAUGAACGACCACGACCGAAUAAAGCAUCUCGAGGAACAGCGCACUGUUUUUCACACGGCUGUGGAGCAUCUCGACGAGCUAGACGACCCUUUAGAGCCCUAUCUUGUGUAUAUCGACUUCAUAGAGGCGUGCCAUACACAAGGUCCCAAUAGCGAGCUGGUGGAGGUGUUGGAAGAAGCCACUCGACGAUUCGAGCAGGACGAAAUGUACCAACACGACAUUCGGUACCUUAUUUGCUGGACCAAAUUUGCGCGUCUUGCCGAAGAUUGGCAGGCUAUUUUCAAGUUUUUAGCCGAUCAUGGUAUUGGGUUGACCCAUGCGCGUUACUAUGAGGAAUAUGCCCAGAUCCAAGAAGAGAAUAAGAGGUACGAUGAUGCUCUGGCCACGUAUCGGCAAGGGAUUGCUAAAAACGCACGCCCCGUCGCGCGACUGAAGCGGCAUUUCGAAGACGCGAAGGUUCGGAUACAGCAAAAGAGAGAAGGCGAUUCGGGCCAGCGAUCAAGGUCUGUUCUGGGCGAGAAAUCCGUUUCGGCACUGGGUAAUGCUGGCAUUCGCCCACCUUCGUUACAUGACGCCCUGGAUAUGUCGGCUCCUCGAGAAAAAUUCUCGGUAUUCGUGCAGUCGGACAACACCUCCAGUGGAUCUUCUUCAAUCAGCAGCCCUGCCGCCAGUCAGAAACUGGCAUCCGAUGUCUACCGCCGCAAGGAAAAUGUACUUGAGAAAUCCAUGUUCAAGGGUUCCAUCCUUCCGCAAAAAACCACCUCCAAACCAUCUCCUGCUAAAUUUGCUGUGUUUCGAGACGAUAUGGGAACAGAUAAUGAUACAUCUCAGUCCUCUGCUUCUCCUCAAGCUAAAGGGUCCAGCAGCAGUGACCAUGACGCCGCCGCCCUGAACAACCAUGCGGACGGUGCUUCUUUUGCAUACUACAUGGGUUCAAGAAGCAUAUCCUCUUCCAUUCCAAACAGUUCGGAUCGAUUCAUGGAGUGGUUUUCAUCUGUAAAGUCCACGAUCAUUCGAUCAGAGGACUCACGCGGUAAACCUGAGUGGGUAGCAGCCAUGCGGUCAAACGAUAACGAAAACGGUUCGGAGAUGAGCUUUGAGGAAAUGAGGACGCUGCAUCCCAAAUACAAACUGAACAUGGCUCCAAGCACCUCGUUUGACACUGACUUUGAAGAGAAACCAGUCACGCCGGAUUCGCCAACCAUCGAAACCAAGGCUGCCAUGAAGAUAGUCGGCGAACUCUGGACAACAGCUGUCCCUGACUUUGAUGAGGACAGUAUGGACUUGGACGAUCGACCGAGGCGGCCUGUACUCAACACCAUUUCAGAUGAAAACGGCGAUGCUCGUCUACCUCUUGGUGAGGUACGUACGCCAACGCGACGGCCGCUAUCCAUUGUCGACCACCGGUCGCCCCUUGACGAACGACUCUUUGGAAGCCCUAGUAAACGACGGCAUAUCGACUCAAAGCCAUAGAUACCCCCUCUCAUGUUUCCACACCUACCUUUUCGACCAUCAUUUACUGUUUCCCCAAGUAUUUCACAUCAACCCUUCCUUUACAUACAUCCUACUUAGCAAAGUAAUAAAUACAGAACAACACAACCAUUCGGCGC